GGCUCGCUUGAUGGACGGCACGCCGCUACCGGGCGUACUCGGCGCCACCCGAGACGCAAGACCCCGAGGAGCCCUCGUCCACGCCAGUCUCGCCGCAGCACCGGCCAUCGGUGACAAGAAAGGCCGCCACCUAACUGGAACUUUUUGUCUGACCGGUGAUACGAUGGAGGGCAUCAUACAGUGCUUGGUGUUCCUCAAAGCUUUUUCGCUCGUGGGCGGCGAGUUCGAUAUGGAGCUCAACUUCGUGAUCCAGGACGCGCAGAACAUCCAGCAUAUGCUGGAACUCUUAGAUAACUGCCCACCCAGCUUGCAGGCGGAGAUAUGGUCUGUGUUUAUCGCGAUCCUGCGCAAGAGUGUGCGCAACCUGCAGGCGUGCACCGACGUGGGGUUGAUACACCACGUACUGCAGCGGUUGCCGCAUGCCGAAACUGUCGUCGCCGAUCUCCUGAUCGAGAUGCUGGGCGUGCUGGCGAGUUACAGUGUGACGGUAAAGGAGCUCAAACAGCUGUUCAGCGCCAUGAAAGCCGUCAACGGAAAAUGGCCCCGUCAUUCAGCGAAGCUACUCAAUGUGCUCCGACAGAUGCCGCACCGGAACGGACCGGACGUCUUUUUCAGUUUUCCGGGCCGGAAAGGAUCGGCGGUAGUCCUUCCGCCCCUCGCCCGGUGGCCGUACGAGAACGGUUUUACAUUCACCACGUGGUUCCGGCUCGACCCCAUCAACUCAGUCAACAUUGAACGGGAGAAACCUUACUUGUAUUGCUUCAAGACAAGCAAAGGCGUAGGGUACACAGCGCACUUCGUGGGCAACUGCCUCGUGCUCACCUCGAUGAAGGUGCGGGGGAAGGGUUUCCAACACUGCGUCAAAUAUGAGUUCCAGCCUAGGAGGUGGUACGCGAUAGCGGUAGUGUACAUAUACAACCGAUGGACCAAAAGCGAGAUCAAGUGCCUUGUCAACGGCCAGCUCGCCUCUAGCACCGAGAUGGCCUGGUUCGUCUCUACCAACGAUCCGUUUGACAAGUGCUACAUCGGCGCAACAGCAGAGCUGGACGAGGAGAGGGUGUUUUGCGGGCAGAUGGCCGCCAUCUACCUCUUCGGCGAAGCGCUCACCACGCACCAGAUCUGCGCCAUGCACCGCCUCGGGCCCGGUUAUAAGAGUCAAUUCCGAUUUGACAACGAAUGCAACAUCAGUUUGCCGGAGAACCACAAAAGGGUGAGCGAGAACGCUCCCAAGCUUGAAAACGCUGAGAUCCCGCAGCUUCCUGGUCUUGAAACCCUUCCUGAAAAUCCCUCCGACCCCGAAACUCCUAUUGACGCUUCGCAAGAAGAUACCAAGCCGACAGAAACUGAAGAAGCAUGCGUAGUUGUCAAAGAAGACGCGACGCCUAGAGGAAGGCGCAUGGCUGACGAAGCGCGAGAAGUGGCCGCCGCGCAUGCGUCCCUGCUCGUAGAUAUUGAAGCAUGCAAGCGUGGUCAGUUUCGUUUCGAUACGGAGUGUCACACGCCGCUGCCGAACUCUGCGGUCCGCGUGGAUCGCUACGGUGACCUCAUCCAUGAUCCUACGCAGAAUAUCCAUGACGUGCUAUACGACGGUAAGCUGUCGUCAGCAAUAGUGUUUAUGUACAAUCCGGUGGCGACUGAUGGUCAGCUCUGCCUUCAGUCUGCGCCUAAGGGAAACGUGUCCUACUUCGUUCACACGCCACACGCGUUGAUGCUGCAGGAGGUUAAGGCAGUGGUGACCCACUCAAUCCACAGCGCACUGAACUCCAUCGGCGGAGUGCAAGUUCUGUUCCCGCUCUUCGCCCAGCUGGAUCUGCCGCACGACGCGCCCGCUACUGAUCCCAAACGAGAUCCUAUGCUGUGCUCAAAACUGCUCGGCUUCAUUUGUUCGCUGGUAGAAUCCUGCAGUACAGUUCAACAGCACAUGCUGCAAUGUCGCGGGUUCCUGGUUAUCUCACACAUGUUGCAAAGGUGUAACAGAGAUCACCUAACGCCGGACACUCUGGCCUCGUUCCUACACUUGACCAAACAUCUGGUGACCUGCUGUUCACCUAAUUCCGAUUUGCUGUUAAAACAGCUCCUGGAUCAUAUACUCUUCAACCCCGCAUUGUGGAUACACACCCCCGCGGCAGUGCAAGCGAGGCUUUACUGCUACCUGGCCACGGACUUCCUAGCUGACGCUCAUAUCUAUGGAAGUGUGAGGCGGGUCAGCACUGUGUUGCAGACUGUACAUACACUGAAGUAUUACUAUUGGGUCGUCAACCCGAGACAGAAGAGUGGAAUCAGCCCAAAGGGAAUGGAGGGUCCCCGUCCUGCGCACAAGGACAUCCUUACCAUCAGAGCGUACAUCCUUCUCUUCUUGAAACAACUGAUAAUGAUCGGCAACGGUGUGAAGGACGACGAACUGCAGUCCAUACUUAACUAUUUAACGACCAUGCACGAGGAUGAAAACCUGCACGACGUUCUGCAAAUGCUGAUUUCCCUAAUGUCAGAACAUCCCAGCUCGAUGGUGCCUGCGUUUGACGCCAAGGGCGGAGUCCGAACGAUAUUCAAGUUGCUCUCGUCCGAAAGUCAACUUAUCAGAUUGCAGGCUCUCAAGUUGCUUGGGUUUUUCCUAAGUAGAAGCACUCACAAGCGUAAAUACGACGUAAUGUCUCCCCACAAUCUGUACACGCUGCUGGCAACACGCCUAGGGGCGAGCGGCGAAGGGCUCACUCUGCCCGUCUACAAUGCGCUUUACGAACUGCUCACCGAGCAUGUUGGCCAGCAGAUCCUGUACACCAGCCAUCCAGAGCCACAACCUCAUUUCCGUCUGGAGAAUCCUAUGAUACUGAAAGUGGUAGCUACUCUGAUCCGUCAAUCGAAACAAACGGAAUCACUUCUCGAAGUCAAGAAACUGUUUCUCUCAGACAUGACGUUAUUAUGCAGCAAUAACCGCGAGAACCGCAGGACAGUGUUACAAAUGUCAGUAUGGCAAGAAUGGCUUAUAGCUAUGGCAUAUAUUCAUCCGAAGAAUGCUGAGGAACAAAAGAUAUCGGACAUGGUAUAUUCGCUGUUUAGAAUGCUGUUACAUCAUGCGAUCAAGCAUGAGUAUGGAGGAUGGAGGGUUUGGGUUGAUACGUUGGCUAUCGUGCAUUCAAAGGUGUCUUACGAAGAAUUCAAACUCCAAUUCGCUCAAAUGUACGAGCACUACGAGCAAAGACGGGCUGACAACAUCACGGACCCAGCGGAACGGCAGCAGCGCCCCAUCUCCACCAUCUCCGGCUGGGACCGACACACAGACAGACAUACCGACGGACAAAAGUCUCGAAUACUACAAGACACUGAUGACAGUGUUGACUCUUCUCCUGUCUCGAUCAGGAAGCAAAACGUACUUAAUCACGCCGCCCAAACUGAAAUAGGCAAAGGUUUGUCUCUACGUGAGGUUGAAUCUUGCAGUUGUAGCAAACCUCAAGAAGAGCCACGGACUACAGUAGUGUACAGUGAAGUGUGUAAAGUGCAUAGUCCUAAACAUGUAAAUACCGAUGUGCCCUGCGUUGACGACGGUUGUGAUAGUGUUAAAGUUACAGACAGUACCAGUGAGACGGAACAUGCGAUAGACGAAGCUGAAACUUCAGCGGAACCGAAGUUGCUCAACACUGAUAAUGAAUUAGUCGAAUCAAUUAUUAUCGAAAGUAAACUCCUUGAAAGUUCAGAAUCGGGAAUAGGAACAAUUGCAGAAGAAAAGAGUGAGAAACCCCUGACUAGACAAGGAAGUCUUGAUUAUAUUCCAGUUAGAGAUGUAGGAGAUACCGUCUCAACUAAAGACGAUAAUACUGACAAAAGCGAAGGUCUGCCUUCGAGUUUAUCUGUGAGCGAGACAACAAGUCCAGAGCGCAACGUUGAUGGGCUGAACACGACUGAGAGAGAAUCAGAACUAUCCGAUCCGUCCGAGCUAUAUCUAACUCCGAGCGAAACGACUAGCCCUAAGAAAAUACAAGAUAAGACUGACAUUCUUGACGAUGAUUGCGAUGACCCAAAACAUAUUGCUAUUAAUAUUGUUAAUGACGUUAUCACAGUUGCACUGGAAACAGUAAAGUUAAAAGCAGACGAUGACACUGAUUCUGGUGCCAUAUCUGGCGGACAUUCUGGCGUACAUUCCGAAGGUAACACACCAAACGGUCGCGAAGAUUUCGAGCAUGAAAUCGAGGAGAUCAUUAGUGAACAGCGAACUGCUGAAACUGUUGCUAAUGAACUUAUAAAUGAUAUUGUUUCGACAGUUGUAGCUAAAUGUGAAGAGAAAGACAGACCAAGUAAUGAAACUGAAUCUGUAGGAACAGAAGAUAAUAUUGCUGAAGAUAACAGUCCUCAAAGGGUUAUACCGUCGGAUCAUCCUCAUGAGGGCAACGUUUUGCCCCUUGAUGGUGAAUUUUUAGUAAAUUCUAGAAAAGAAGAGCCCAUCAAGGAGUCUACAGAAGAAGCUGAAGUCAAAGACGAGGUUUCUGAAGAAAAUUUGAAAAAUGAAAGUCAAAGAGUUGAGACAAAUUUACCAGAGGAGCAGAAAACUCCAGAGAUACCUCCGAUUUCGACUAUAAGCGAGAACAUUUCAAACCUUGAAGCUAACAAGCAGGAACAAGAGGACGAGGAAGAUAGAAAUCGCGACUGUGAAAGAGACAAGAGACGUGUGAGCUUACCAGGCGAUAGUCAAAUGAAGCAGGAUAGUAACAGGGAAGGUGUUGCGUCUCAAGGGACUAACACAUCUACGUCGCCAAAGAGGCCCCGUAGCGCUUCGACGAGCACACAAGUCGAUUCUAAUCAUUUCGAAACGAAAAGGCCAUCAAAGUGCAAUCGGCCAAUGUUCUCUCCGGGGCCGACGCGACCUCCGUUCAGGAUACCAGAGUUCCGUUGGUCUUACAUCCACCAGAGAUUGCUGUCUGAUGUCCUGUUUUCAUUGGAGACAGAUAUUCAAGUAUGGCGAAGUCAUUCAACGAAGUCAGUGAUCGACUUCGUCAACAGCAGCGAGAACGCCAUCUUCGUUGUAAACACCGUGCACCUGAUCAGUCAGCUCGCUGACAAUCUGAUCAUCGCGUGCGGGGGAUUGUUGCCGCUGUUAGCCUCCGCUACUUCACCUAACAACGAGCUGGACGUGAUCGAGCCGACCCAGGGCAUGCCGGUGGAGGUGGCCGUGACGUUCCUGCAGCGGCUGGUGAGCAUGGCCGACGUGCUCAUCUUCGCGUCGGCGCUCAACUUCGCCGAGCUGGAGGCCGAGAAGAACAUGUCCAGCGGCGGCAUUCUCAGGCAGUGCCUGAGAUUGGUGUGCACGUGCGCCGUCCGCAACUGCCUCGAGUGCAAGGAGCGCCAGCGGUACGCGGCGCGUGCGCGCGCGCACGACGAUAGCGACGCCAAGAGCGUGGUAGCCAGCCUGGCUGAUGCUUCAAGCCCCGUCAAGGAUCCGGAAAGAUUGCUUCAGGACAUGGACGUUAACAGAUUGAGAGCUGUCAUUUAUAGAGAUGUGGAGGAAACAAAACAAGCCCAGUUCCUGUCACUCGCAAUAGUGUACUUCAUCUCCGUUUUAAUGGUAUCUAAGUACCGGGACAUUUUGGAGCCACCUGCGCACGCGCCACCUGACUGCGCGCGUCGCUCGCAUCACCAGCACGAUCAUCACGAUCACAAUGGCGACGACGUCGAAUACGCGAUGAUUGUAGUUGAUGAAAAUAAUUCUACGAUGAACGAACUAGACUCGCCAUCCAUGAAGGAGCAGGCGAGCGAAGAUAUCGCCAAGAUAGAAACCACUACAGACGAAGUGAAGCCUGGAGAAAAACCAAAGACAUCAGAGACAUGCAAACCUGAGCCUUCCCCUGCAUCGGAAAAGGAAGAACCAUUAUUCAAGUCGAGUCUUCGAAUAAAACCGAAAACAAAGAGUGUGGACUCGAUAGAAGACGCCGGCUCGUUCCACCUGAAUUCGACGGAGACGACAAACAAUGACCCUGAAACUUCCAGCGAAAUCGCUCUCGAUGAUAAUAAACAUCCUGUGAGCAACGACGAGUCGUGGACGGACGUGAAUUUGAACGAGGAGGGAGAGAGAGGCCCUGCCACUAUCACGGGCCGGAGGGACCACGAGGGAAACAUCCAUGAAGAUAUCGACAAACAGAUCCACAUGCGAGGGUCAGAGUCGCAUCACCACAUCCAACAGAGACAGAGGAGUCUGCAGGCUGCGCAGAGGCACUUACACCCGGAUAACGAAACCCUCGCCGGCCUCAGCGCCAUGAACGCAUCGAUGUCGGCCGACGGCGUAUCUCGAGAGGCCUCCCUCACCCACAAGCUGGAGACGGCCCUUGGCCCCGUCUGUCCUUUGCUUCGGGAGAUUAUGCUCGACUUCGCUCCCUUCCUUUCCAAGACGCUGGUCGGGAGUCACGGACAGGAAUUGUUAAUGGAGGGUCUUCAAACCUUCAAAUCGAGUACAUCCGUAGUAGAACUAGUAAUGCUGCUGUGCUCCCAAGAGUGGCAGAAUUCGCUACAAAAGCACGCCGGGUUGGCGUUCAUAGAGCUCAUCAACGAAGGGCGGCUGCUCUCUCAUGCCAUGAGGGAUCACAUCGUUCGCGUUGCUAAUGAAGCGGAGUUCAUUCUGAACAGGAUGCGAGCUGAUGACGUCUUGAAACAUGCCGACUUUGAGUGCCUGUGCGCGACGACGAGCGCCGAGCGCGCCGAGGAGGAGCGCACGUGCGAGCGGCUCAUCGCGGCGGCGCGCCGCAGGGACCAGGCCGCGGCCGCGCGCCUGCUCGACAAGCUGCGCCACGCCGCCAGCCACGGCUCGGGCAGCACGCAGUUCUGGAAGCUGGACUCGUGGGAGGACGACGCGCGGCGCCGGCGCAGGCUCGUGGCCGACCCGCGGGGGCACCGCCACGCCGCCGCGGCGCUGGCCCGCUCGCCCAGCAACCCGCCGCCGCACGACGCCAUCCUGCAGGCGACCGAGGAGCUGCACGCGCGCAUCGCGGCGGGCGGCGCGGGCCGCGGCGCGCAGCUGCCCACGCCAGCCGCCGCCGAGCUGCUGGACGACGCCGAGCUCUUGGCCGACGACCGGGAGAUCGACGCCGACCUCACCGGUCCUGUAAACAUAAGCACGAAGGCGAAGUUAGUAGCUCCAGGCCUCGUAGCGCCGGGUACCGUCUCGCUGACUUCGACUGAACUGUACUUUGAAGUGGACGAGGACGACCCAGAGUAUAAGAAAAUUGACCCAGAGGUGUUGAAGUACUGCGAGCACCUGCACGGGAAAUGGUACUUCAGCGAGAUCCGCGCGAUUUUCUCGCGCCGCUACCUGCUGCAGAGCCUCGCUAUCGAAAUGUUCCUCGCGAGCAGGACGUCGAUAUUCUUCGCGUUUCCGGACCAGACGACAGUGAAGAAAGUGAUAAAGGCGCUGCCCCGCGUGGGGGUUGGCAUCAAGUAUGGCAUCCCGCAGACCAGACGUGCUUCGAUGAUGUCCCCGCGACAACUCAUGCGCAACUCAAACAUGACGCAGAAGUGGCAGCGCCGCGAGAUCUCCAACUUCGAGUACCUCAUGUUCCUCAACACUAUUGCAGGGCGUACGUACAAUGACCUAAACCAGUACCCGGUGUUCCCGUGGGUGCUUACCAACUAUGAGAGCGAGGAGCUGGAUCUCAGCCAGCCUUCUAACUACAGAGACCUUUCUAAGCCAAUCGGGGCCCUAAACCCGUCCCGGCGCGCGUACUUCGAAGAACGAUACAACACCUGGGAGCACGAGUCCACGCCACCCUUCCACUACGGCACACACUACUCCACAGCUGCUUUCGUCCUCAAUUGGCUUGUUCGCAUUGUAAGUAUGAAUUCGUUGUCGUCUCAAGAAUUUUUGAAAAUCGAUUAUUUUAAAUUUUUUUCUUAAUAAAAUUCUACAUGUUUUUAAAUAAGCAUAGAUAAAAGUAAACACGCAACGUAAACACUUCAAAGAAAACAAUUCACAAGUAGCACUCUU